AUGGGUAAACUUAAGAGAGGGAGAAAGAACCAGAAGGCAAGAGUGAAUCCUAUUGCCAACAACAGUAAAAAGAAUCUUGAUAAGCAAGAAAUUAAAGAUGAAAAUACUCGUAAUUCAAAGAUUUUACCGUUAAUCAACAAGUUAAAAUCAUCUGUUCCAAAUGAUAAAACAAUGGCAUUGGGCGCAAUCACAGUAUUAUGUGAGGAUGAGAGAAUGAGAAAGUUAUUGUUGAAAGAAAAAUUGGUUCUGAUUAUUAUGGAACAGUGUUUAAAUGAUUCCAAUGACGAAAUUGUAGUUGAGUCGUUUGGUUUAUUGAGAAACAUCGGAAUCGAAGAAGGAUAUGAUGUUACCAAGUACUACUGGAGAUCAAAUAUAUGGACAGCAAUUGAGGCAGCUUUAAAGAAGAUUGAAACAUCUUUUAAAUUUUUGGAAGAAUCAAAGUCUUUGCCAUUAGCAGCUAAAACAGAUGACGAGAAGAAACCUAAGGGAAAGAAAACAAGCGAUAAAUCCAAGGAACAAUUGUUAUUUGAUUUUACUGAAAACAUAUUAUCCUUAAUCGUAGUUAUCGCAAGUGGAUCCGAAGAUUUGUAUGAUAAUGUUUUCCAAAAGAUAGACCCAGUUUUGAAAUUGGUUAUUGAUCUUAUCAACUGGAACAUCCCAACAAUGAAGACUUCGGUUAAGUUAUUCAAUUCUUUGUUGGAUUUCAAUUACGAAUUUGCGUCAGAAUCUACUGAAUUCAUCCAAAAAUUAAAUGAAAACCCUCAAUUCGAUUUGAAUAGACUAAUUGAGUAUUUAUCAUCACCAGCUCAGUCUAAGAAUAUAUUAGGUAAAGUGUACAUUGAAGGUAUUAAAUUUCACUUAUAUGAGGCAUUGAACCAGACUGAUAACAAAGACGCUGCCGGUACAGAAAUAUUGAAUAACUUGAUCUCAUGUAUCACCACAAUUAACUUGGAUAGUUUGAAAAAAAAUCUCUCGGUUGUCGAUAAUGCAAAGGAACCUAUUCAAAAGAGAGCACCUACAGAAAUGAAAGAUAUCGACCAACAGAUUGGGGGCGAUACUCUGGAAACAGCUCAAGCUAAGGUUGAUAUUCAAACGUUAGAAAUUGCAAUCGAUUUAAUUACUUCAAUUUGGGAGUACAUUUCAUUUAAUGAAGCGAACCCACAGGUUCCAGCGACAUUAUCUUCAGACUUGAUUCAAGUUAUAUUAAAGUUGGCAUAUCCAUCAUUGAUCGAAUUAUUAAAGUUUGAAAUGCAAAACAACGAGCCACUUGAAUUACUAGACAAAAUAAUUGUUUGUUUGAACAACUUAUGUUGGUUAUUCUUGUCCAGUGAGACUAUACCAGCCGAGUGGUUUACCGAUGCAUUACAGUUAUGGGAUUUAAUCAUUAACAUAUCAUCCAAAAAAGACAAUUUGUUGAUACAGAAGGACUGUUUGAACGUAUGUUGGGGAAUAACCAAAACCUUGGGACGUGAAAUCCAGCCCAAAGUAAACAACUCGAUGAUCGAAAGCUUAAUCUCUCGUUGCGAUCACUUAACUAAGCAGGAUCCAACUGAAGAUAAUAUCACAACUUUAGAAUUCUUCUUAUGUUCGGUAGGCUUCUUAGGUAGUUUGGCACCUAUCAUAGAUAAUACAGAAGUCACCGGUCACAUUUCCCAGUUCUUGCUAUCGAGUACUGAUUUCUUUGCAGCUAAUAGAACUGAUGAACCAAAAGCAAAUGAAAUCUCUAUCGAGUGCUUGAAUUUGAUUUAUGUGAUCUUUGGAGACAUGUCGUACUCAUAUGACUAUGAAAUCUACGUCAAAAAUAACUACAAUGAACGGUUGCAAGCAUUGGAGCCAUCUAUCAAGCUGAUGUACAAGAAGAUUGAUAAAAAUAGACACCCUCAUUUGAAAAUAAGAGCCGAAGAGACAUGGAUCAAUUUGGGUAGAUUCAUUCAAUAUAAACAAUCCGAAAGGAAUUAA